GCCUGGCAACGCUGUAAUAAAACAGCUGACGACGUCGCAUAGCGUUGCCAGCUGUCUUAACGAUUGCCGGUAAAAUUCACCAAGUUGGCAGCCCCAGACGCAACAAAAUUGCGCGUGCUGAGCCUAUUUGUUAGAAAACUUGUAUUAUUUCUUGUCAAAAGUUAAAAAUCUAAUAAUUAUUGUAGUCAAGUUAAGUUAGCUAAAAUGCCUGCCGUCGAAAAGUGUGUCAUAUACGACUGGAAGCGCCUGUGGCAAAUGGUUUCGGGCAUACACUAUGAGACUCCCAGGGGCACAGUGCGCGACGAGCUGCUGAAUGUGUGCUCCGAGCUGCAAGCGGGCGUGCUGCAGUUCAAGCCGAAGAGCGCCUCCAAUGUGCAGCUGGCCGUGCUGCUAAAGGAGAAGAAGCAGGAGAAGCUGCUGCCCUUCACAGAGCGCUUGCAGGAGCUGCUCAAUCUGGAGUCGGCUCAGUGCUGGGAGAUCCUAUGCUACUACCUGACCAAGGAGUAUCGCGGCUCCGCCAGCCUGCUGACACAGCUCAUCUCGACCGAAACGAACAUGGCCAAGCUGCUGGAGGACAUCAGGCACUACUAUUCGCUGGAGCGCAUGAUUGUGCUGAAGAUACUGAAGAACGUGCUGGUCUUUUACAAUGUGCCCAACCAUCCGUACCACAACGAGUACAGGCUGGUGGUGGAGAAGCUAACGCUGCCCCGUCUCCUGGACUCCUAUCUGGAUCAGCUGGACAGCCUGAUCAAUGAGCUGCCGCCGCGCAAACUGCUCGCGGGUGAGGGCUUCCACUGCACGGACAGGCUGACCAGCUGGUCGGAGCGCAAUGCGCGCGAGACCAACGAGGUGCUGCACAUACUCCUGCUGCUCAGCGAGCACAUCAGCCUGAGCCUGGCCCAGAUCAAGCGUCUGUUUGCGACCAUAAAGCAACACUCCUUUGGCCGCAUACAAAACUACCUCAACGAGAGCAACCUCUACCACAAGGAACUGAUCAAAAAUCUCACCUACUCGGAGCUGAUGCUGCUCAUGAAGUGCCUGGACUUUGAGCGGCCCAGUGACAACUCACAGCUUAUUCUGCAGCUCACCGAAGAGCUGCACGCGGACAUAGCUGGCAUGCAUCAUCGGCCGGAGCACGGCCCCCUGCUGCUCAUCUGGAUGCUGUUGCGUCUGCGCGGCACUAACGAUGCCGACGACGCCGCCAGUCUGCUGCGCUGCCGCCAGCUGGGCAAACGCGCCGUCGAGCUCAAGUGCUUCGAGCUGUUGCAUGCGAUUGCGACACAUGCGAUGUUCGCGGACGAUAGCCUACUGUCGCGCAUUGUCCGGAAGACCAUCUACAAUCAGCUGUGCUACAUGUGCGAACUGUUCGACGGGGACGGCAGCUGCGCCCGCUACGAGGGCAUCUAUGAGCUGCUCUGCGAGCUGCUCUCCUGGCCGCAGCUGGCCAAGGACUUCUGCCAGCGCGAAGAAGAUGGCGCGCGCUCGCUGUACAAUACAUUGCUGGAGAACUUUCCGCUGCAGUUCAUCGACUUGGCCAAGCUGGCCCAGGCCCUGACCAAGGCGGGCCAAGGCAACUUUAUCAAAGGCCAGCUGGAAGCGCUGCCCAUGCUGGCGCUCUUGUACGACGAGCAGUCGCACAAGGUCAAGGAGCUGGACCCGAAUGAAUUCGAGCUGACGAGCGUAUUGCAGCCCUUUCCCCGCAUCGAUUAUACACUGCCCGCCGGCACUAGCUGCACCGCCGUGCAGCAUGCCAAUGGCUUCUAUAUGCAUUUCCGCUGCCAGGUGAACUUCUUCAAUGCGCUGCAUCACGAGAUCAACUGCCUGCUGCGGGAUAAGGCGCAGCUGCAUGGCGAUUUUGACUCAGACGAGCGCAUCUUGCGCGUCGAAGCGGGUCUCAAGUAUCUGGAGCUCGCUGUGCAGCGCACCAAGUCGAUAGAAGGCAUCAGCUCGGAGAUGGUGCAUCCAACCGAGAUGUGCAUCGAUUUGCUGGGCAAGUUCAAGAGCGUUCAGUGCCCGCCCACACGCCUGCUCUCCAUUUGCCUGAACGUCUGCACGGCGCUGCUGCCGCUGGUGGACGAGGAGAUCUUCAGCCGGGUCAGCCAUCUGGAUAUAUUGCCCACGAUCAGCAAUCAGUCGGCGCACGAUUACAAGCUCUGCGCCAGCGCCGUUUACUUCGAGUCGCGCUUCCUCGGCUCCGUCAUCGACAAUGUGGAAAAGAAGCACGAACGCUACGAUUUCCUCUUGGCCUACCUCAGCUUCCUGCGCACCUAUACGAAACUGAAGCGCCAGCGCUAUUUGCAGGUGGAGAUCCCGGGUCUUGUCUUUCUGCUGCGCGACAUCUUUCCGCAUCUGCACACGUGGCACUUCAAGUCGCAGCUGGAGAAGAACAAGAUCUACUUCGAGGUGCUCAGCUUCAUCUGCGAUCUCUUCGAUAUUGUCGGCAGCAGCAGCAGCAGCAGCGAGUCCAAGUGCCAGCUGCUGCUCAACGUGUGCGUCUACUCGCUCCUCAAUCUGGACAAUGGCCUAAUCCUACUGAGAUUUGUGGGCGUGGGCAAUGCCUUUGUGCAGUACACGAUGGAGCUGGAGACGAACUGGAUGCAGCAGCAGCCGCAUGGUCUCAUGAUGCUCGUGCGCCUCUCCAUGCGCAUACUCAUGCAGGUGCUGUGCCUGAAGAGCCACGUCUAUGCGCCGGACACGCUCUCGCCGCUGGAGGCGCUCAUCUAUACGCAGCCCAAGCAGCGGGACACGCUGCGCAUUAUACCCACCGUGUGCAGCUAUAUGAGCAACAUAUUCGAUCGCUGGCUGCCGAUUGUCUCCUGCCGGCUGCUGAAGCGCAUUGCGCUGGAGUUUAAUAUGUCGCUGCUGGCGUGCCUGGAUAUGGAAGCGGACCAGAUACGUCUGACCUUUAUGCAAAAGCUGCCCGACGAGCUGGAGAGCGAUUCGAUUAAGAUAGCCAUACUGGAGCUGGUGGAUGCCUGCAUAGCCAAACAGCCGGGCGUUACCGAGGCCUUCUUCAAGGUCAACUAUGCGCACGACAAGCGCUCCUUCUUCGGCAAGGAGUGCGCGCCCAGCAUUGGCGACAGCAUUGUCACCUACAUGAAGGAGUUUCUCGAUGCGCUCGAGGCCGAGCCGCUGACCAUACAGCAGACGCUGCCCGGCAAGAUCAUGAACAUCUUUCAUUCGCUGUGGAAGCACAAUCUUCAGAUGCUCGUGGACGAGCUGCUCAAGCAGCCGCACUUCUGGCAAAAGCUCUGCAGUCCGCUCUUCGCCAAACCGAGCGCCCAACCCCAGGUGCGCGUCUAUACGCAGCUCAUAAACAUUGUCUCCAUCGAGAUCUACAGCACAGCGGCAGGCAACAGCGAGAAGGCGGCCGAGCUGCGCGAGAUCAUGCAGAAGUUCUUCGAGCGCGACUGCUUCCAGCAGUGGCUCGACUACGUUUUCGAUAUGCCCAAGGUGCCGGCUGUGCCUGGCUGCAACGAGGAGCUGCCCGACUGGAUUUGUUGCCUGCAAUCGUUCAAGGAUCUGAUUGUCAUAUUGCUGAAGAAGCAGCCAAAGUUUCUCAGCAUACCGGAUGCACAGUUCAAGCUGCUGGCCCAAAAGUGUCUGACCGUGCUGGUGGAUCGCGCCAACUACUUGGAUGAUAUGCGUCCGUUUAUCAUGCUCGCCGAGCUCUACAUAUUCAUAUUGCUGCAGUUCAAGCAGGCCUACACGAGCAGCGGCGAGGAGGAGCAGCAGCUGAUGGAACAGCUGCAGCAGCUAAUGAGCCGCAUUUGCUCCUGCUACGAGGAUCUGCAUGUGCGCGCCAAGGAGGCCUGCCUGGCCAUCAUAACCAAGUGCGCGCAUCUCUACACGAAUCUGCUGGUGAAAGAUUCAGCCAUAUCGUUGCGCUUUCUCAACUCUGUGGUCAGCAUCAUCUGUUCGGAGCUGCAGAAUAUGGAGAAAUCGGUGAAUGUGAAUCAGCCGGCGCCGGCGCCAGUGCAGCCAAUUUCCGAGGAUUCCAAUGGCAUCGUGUCCACAAAUUCGCUUGUGUUGUGCCUCAAUCUGCUGAAGGCGGCGGCCACCAUUUUCAACACCGAUGGACCCGGCAACUGGGAUCUGCCGUUUGUCUCGGUGCGCCUGUUCCAGCGUCUGCUGCACUGCGUCUCCUACACGCUGCCCAUGCACAGCAAACAGCUGCUCAGCGUCCAGCUGCUGGACGUGCUGAUCGUGUUUGCCAAGAGCAACUGUUCCAGCGAGUUUCUGCACUGCGACGUCGGCGAGCAUCUGUGGCUCAAGCUGCUGCCGCCACGCGAACUGCUGCAGUCCAAAUACGAGUUCAAUAAAGCCACCAGCGACGUCUGGACCAUGGAACAGUGGUGGCCCAUCUAUGCCCGCGGCAUCGAGCUGGUCAACAUUAUCUACGACAAGCACAAGAAGUGCUUCCUACAGGAGGCCAUCCAGUUUGUGGGCAUACAUGAGGUUUAUCUGGUCGACUCGCUGCUGUUGGGCAAGCAAUCCCUGGAGCCGGCGGCCAUGCAGCUCAUCAAGUCGGCCAUCUCGCUGGUGGCCAGCUUGACGGAGCAUCACAAGGAGUGGGCGCAGGAGCACUGCUCCUCGCUCUUCAACAUUAUGAAUGCUGUCCAGGGGCUGAUGUGCCAUGCCACGUCCAUGUUCCAUCAGCAGCGCAAUUUGAAGUGCCUGCUCGCCGGGCGACGCUCCCAGCUGGAAAUGCUGCGCAACAUGGAGUCGAUAGCUAUUGACGAUACGAUAAUCACCGCCUGCAAUGACCUGACGGACAUCAUCAUCUAUUGUGUGAAGGCAAUGCAAAAGUUCAGUCCCGAUCUGUUGGACAUCCUGUGCUGCAGCUACUACGAACCGCACAAAUGGCAGCCCAUCCUGGAUGUUAAGUUUGGUGCGCCCAAGCUGAACGAGAGCAGCAUAACUCUCACCUUUGGCAUGGUUCUGAACAUGGUCACCAUCUAUGUGAAGGCGCUUAAUAUGCAAAACCAUGGCUUCCAUGAGGUGCCGCUCAAUGUGCUGCCGACCGUGGAGCUCGGCGAGGUGGCGGAUAACGUGGCUUCCGGCGAUAAGAGUCGCAGCCAGCGCAGCUUUACACACUCUGUGUCCACGGCCAGCUGCCCCUCCAGCGAGCUGCUGUCCAAUCUGGACGGCCAGCUGUGCCUGGUGGCGCUGGAGCAUCUGCUCAUGCUCGUAGCCUCGCAGAGCAUUUACGUGAUACGCUCGCCGGACCUGGAGCCGCGCUGGAAGCAAAUCGUGCGACGCGACAUCAGCAGCGAGCUGCUCAGCUUCCAUGAGUUUGUGCGGCGCAAGGUGAUUGUGGACUAUCGGGACUCGCGCUGUCAGUGGGUGCGGCGCAAGCAUGGUUUGCUCAAAUUCAAGCAUCCGGAUGCGGCGCGCUCAUCCAACGACACGACGAGCAGCCAGCGCGGCAGCACUGAUCUGGCGCGGCGCACAAGCAGCACCGCCAACGAGCUACGCGUAAAUGUGGUGCGGCGUCUGCAUUUGCAGCAGCAUCCGCAUCCGUCCAGCAAUUUGGAGAUGACGCGCAUGCUGAGCCCCAUUGGUGCGCCGAAUCCAACGGGUGCCCAUCACAUGGCGGCAUCAACACCGGCUCAACAAGUCUCAACAGAUCUGGUGGAAACACCACGUGCCGCCCACACGGACAGCAGAAAGCGUUUGUAUAUGGCCGAGCCUUUGGCCAUUGAGGUGCAGUACUUGCCGCCGCCGACGGAGCCCGGCUACUGUGAACUUUCACAGGUGCAGCUGGUUGAGGAGGAUUAUCUGCAGCUAAUGUCGGCGCUCUUUGGCGUUAUACCUCAGAGCGAGUGAGCUUAUUUUAGCCAUAGCAUUUCAAUUUAUUUAACAAAGUUGUAUUUUAAUCUAAGCACUAGACAUUUAGGAAUAAUAAGAAAUUCUGUAUAAAUAA